AAUGUUGUUUACCUAACAGCAGUUUACCUAACGUGAGCUGGUCAAGCAAGUCACUGAUAGAGUUGCGCUCGAUAUUUUCAGCUAUUUACUGCGAGCUCUCCGCAGUCUCCAGAUCUGUUCAUCCGUCUCCUCCCUUUCAGUUUCACUCCAUCGUUAUCCUGAGACUCCAGCAAGAUGAAGUUCACUCCCGCACUCUUGAGCUUCGCGGCUACUGUAGCUGCGCACGGCGAUCACGGUCAUGAUCAGGACCCUUUGAAUGGUCCUCAUGAGGGACUGUGGUACAACACACUUCCUGGCGAUGGCGGCAAACAAGCCGACUCCAUCUUCUCCGGCAUAUCCACAUUCGGCCGCCUUCCAUACCACCCAUGUCUCUCUAGCAACACGCAGUUCGACAUUGCGUUCAUUGGUGCGCCCUUUGACACUGGCACAUCCUACCGCCCAGGUGCUCGUUUCGGGCCCAGCGGUAUCAGACAAGGCUCACACAGGAUCGGAUUUAGUGGCGGCUACAACGUUCCACUUGCGGCGAACCCAUUCAACUCGUGGGCUAAGGUUGUGGACUGCGGUGACAUUCCUGUUACUUCGUACGACAACGCGUAUGCGCUUCAGCAGAUUGAGGAAGGCCACAACCUACUGUUGAGCCGCCCACCCCACACACAUGCCAACAAGCCUGGCCCCUCGAAGACAGGCAAGACACUUCCUCGUUUGAUCACUCUCGGAGGAGACCACACCAUCACCCUCCCUCUUCUCCGUUCCAUCAACCGAGAAUACGGCCCCAUCACCGUCAUCCACUUUGAUAGCCAUCUCGACACCUGGCGCCCCAAAGUCUUCGGCGGCGCCCCCAGCGAACAAGCCAGCAUAAACCACGGCACCUACUUCUUCCAUGCCGCACAAGAAGGCCUCCUCGCAAACGACACCAACAUCCACGCCGGCAUCCGCACGACCCUAUCCGGCCCCUCUGACUACGAAAACGACGGCUACUGUGGCUUCGAAAUCGUCGAAGCACGCGAGGUCGACAAGAUCGGCACCGAUGGCAUCAUCAAGAAGAUUAGGGAGAGGGUCGGCUUGGAGAAGCCAGUGUAUCUGAGUAUCGAUAUUGAUACUUUGGAUCCUGCUUUCGCACCCGCAACCGGCACCCCCGAAACCGGGGGCUGGACCACACGCGAACUCCGCACCAUCAUUCGCGGCCUCGAAGGCAUCAACCUCAUCGCCGCUGAUAUCGUCGAGGUUGCACCCGCUUACGACACCAACGCCGAACUAACCACUAUGGCUGCUGCUGACACGCUGUAUGAGGUUAUGACGUUGAUGGUUAAGAAGGGGCCGUUGAGCUAUAUGGGUGCUCCCAAGGAGAUUAUGGAGUUGUAAAGCAUGAGAGGGACGCGUGAUGAGGUGUCGAGACGGGGGUUAUGGGGAUGAUGGAGGGCGUAUGGGAGAGGGCGAUGAGCGAGCUCGGGUUCGUGGUUGAUGGAGAGGUGUCCGGACAUCUAUCGGACAUGUAGAUGGUGAUGAUGAUGACGAUGAUGACGAUGUUUACGAAUUAUAGUCUUUUAUGGCAUACCGCAA